AUGCUGCGCAAAGGUUGGCGCUGGGAGAAGGAUGACCUUGCACCGAAGGACAUGGACGACAUUAUAAAGAUUCACAAUGCGAACAACGAACAGGCCUGGCAGGAGGUGCUUAAGUGGGAAGCGCUGCAUGCACGCGAAUGUGGCAACCCACGGCUGAAGAGUUUCGGUGGCAAGGCAACAGAUUACAGCCCGCGGGCCAAGAUUCGCAACAUGAUGGGAUACGAGCUGCCGUUCGAUCGGCACGACUGGAUCAUCGAUCGCUGCGGUAAGGAUGUGCGCUACAUUAUUGACUACUACGACGGUGGCAUGGUGGACGAGAAGUACAAAUUUGCACUGCUGGAUGUAAGGCCCGCGAUGGACUCGUUCGACAACGUUUGGGACCGUAUGAAGGUAGCGUACAUGCGGUGGAAGUUCGAGCUGGAAGACAAACUGAAAGAGUUGACAAACUGA